UAAGAUUUAAACACUGGCUGUAAUAAUUUUCAGACUGUUACUACAGUGGUGUAAAUCGCACAAUUAAAACUGUACUUAAUAUGUAUCAUACAGAAAAGCAUAUUAUGUCAAUAGUAAGUCAAUCAUGGGUGUUGGGCUGUCUCUUGUUUUUCCGUUGUGGAAUUUUUUUAUUUCCCUCCCCCGCCGCCCUUAUCAAAAACGGAGGCUGUCCCGGUAUGUAGGUGUUUGCGGAAGUCUGCCAGAGAUUCAAGGCGUUUUGACAGACGGUUGGCUCGGUCUCCAACGGUGGGGAAGAUCAUGUCACCCAAAGACCCGCUGCUCGGCACGCUCAAAGUGUGCAUCCUAGGCCUGCAGUCAGAUGGGGCUACCGUGACCGACUCCAGCCCUCAGCUCUCCUCCUGCUGCCAGUUACUGGAGCUCAUCUUUCGCAAGGGCCUGCAGCAGCCGGUCCUGGGGCUGGUGCGCCGGGACUACUGGCACUGCAUCGAGCUGCUCCUCCAGCAGGACACCUGCAGCGGGCUGAGUGCUCUCUCUUUGGCAAUGGAACAAACAUCCACCUGUAGAAAGCUGUUGACGGCUCAGGGCAGGGGCCGCUUUUUCUUGAGGUUGGCGCUCAACCGGAGGAUUUUGGGAAGUGUAGUCCAGCACAUGUUGCACACACCCAAGGUGCUAGAGUGCUACGAUCCUGCUGUUUCUAUCUUCAGGAAUGAAGAAUUUGUAGAGCCAUUCCUGUCCCUGUUGCUGGUCCUGUCAGAGAUGGAGUUCAAACUUAAUAUUGAGAACUGCAGCUUCUUGGAUGAGAGUUGGCUUCUACCGGUGUGUGAGGUGUAUGAGGCAGUGCCAUGCCGGGAGCUGGGAAUGGUGCUCAGGUACCUGGCUGGGCGUGUCUUUGUGUUGGACCUAUUGGAGGGCAGCCAGGCACAGGUAGACCAGUGUGUGCAACCAGGUGAUGUCAUUGAUGAGAUCAACGGGAUAUCCCUGAGAAACGCUAGCAAUGGACAGGCAGGUGUGGUGCUGGCCAGGUUGAAAGGUCGUCCGUUGUCCCUGCGCUUGCUGCGAUGGAGAGGGGAGGAUGGGGCAGUGUAUCCACCCCUGAUCAAACUCCUGCGGACCCUCCAGCAGGAGAAUCCAUCCCUGCAGCUAAACUCCAGCACAAUCCUCAAACAGAGAGGCUGUGAGGGCCGGCAGCCAGGGCAGUCUCAAUGCCUGAAGGAGGGCAGGAUUGUGUACAUAGUGCAGUACCUAGGAAGAGCAAACAUUGGUGUGUACGGGGGGAAGGAGGUGCUACAGCAGGGCAUUCCCCUGGUGCUGGAGAAGAGACACCCCAGUAAGACAGUAUUAUUUGACCUGAAGGAAACUCACCUGACCUGCACUGAGAAAUCAACCAAGCAAGAGCUGUUCCAACAUCACUACCCAGAGAUCUCCUGUGUGGGGAGGUACAGUCAGCCAGACUACACCAUCUUUGCCUUCUGUGUGGCAGACUGCCCAGAGACCCCUGAAUCGACUGGCUUCUGUUGUGUGGUGCUGCAGGCUGGCUCUGCCAGGGAGUGUGAAGAUAUUGUCAGUCGAAUUGCUGCUGGUUUCAAGCACACGGAGUGGUUUGUGUGACUCCAUUGUCCAAGACUCUGCCAGCCUGGCCAGUAUUGUGACCUCACACUCCUCUAAGCAAAGAGUAAUGCCACCCUCAGGAAAGAUGGCCACCAUUUUGAAGAACACUCAUGUCAUUGUGAACUAUUUGCAAAUGCUUCACAUCAUGGACAGGUUUCACAGCACUACCACAACAAGAUAAAUGCAGUCACCCUUUUAUUGCAUUCAGCACUAAGUGGCUUUAAUUUUACUUCUGGUUAAAAAUCUUGCCAAAAGGAGAAAUUCAGGUGUCUAGUUGCUGGUGGGAACAAUGCCACAACUUACAAACAUGCACUUUCUCACACCAGUUGACAAACCAGGAUAUUCAGCACUACUCAGCUCCUUCAAAUGGUCAAUACUAAGGAAUCUGAUGAAGGUGACAUCAAGCAUUUCACUCUUACAUUACAGGGUUUUCUUGCCUUUGUGAAUCAGUGCUACUGUAGCAUUUAUGCAGUUCACCAGUGCCAUAGCAAAUAUACACAAGUUUAUUCCUUAUUGUAUAAUUCCAACUUCCCAUUGUUGUAAGAUGUCAUUGUUCCUGUACAUUUUGAAGGCCUCAUUUGGAAUGGAUCUGUAACAUUUCAAAAGCCUGUUAUUGAGUUUUUUUAUACAACCAUGUGCAAUUAAAUGUUACCAUAUUGGAUAUGCAGACUUGCCAUUCUAAGUUAGCCAUUUUGAAGAUUGCUUUAUAGAGCAAUCAACACCAAGAGCCAUCUAUUGCUGGGGUUGAACAUAUCUCCCAUUUUCUUAAAGAGGUGUGCUUUGCCUCAGACACGGUACAUGCUUCACAAAAAUGAACACCACUCAAUAGUACUCUUAAAGUUGUUUAAUAGAAACACUACAAUGUGACAAAACUUCAUAAAUAGUAUUGUAGCUGCCAAGGUUUACAUUGAAGAAAACAAAUUAUAUAAAAAGCAGCCCAGAAUAUACAAAGGGCCUGCGCUGCUCCUGAAUGACCGAAUUAGUGACAAGUAUCCAGCCAUACUCAUGACAGAGUGUACUGCCCAGAAGGGGUCUGCUGACUGGUGAGAUUAUUGCAUGAGGGACCCCAGCCAAGCCAAAGCCCCUCCGAGACUGGAAGAGAAUAAA